CAGGAAGUAAAUAAACUGCAUUCCCGCGCAGUCAAAUUGGUUCAACAAGACGUCCGCGUUCACGGGUAAUCCGAAAAAAUGGACGAGCUUUAUUUGGAUAACAUCGACGAAUAUGUCAACGACCAAGAUAAGAUAGUGACCUAUAAAUGGCUGAGCCUCACUCUUGGAGUCCAUGUCAACACAGCCAAACAGAUGCUCUACCAUUAUUUGGAUCACAAGAGGAAGGAAAGUUCAGCUCAGCUCCAUGCCACCUAUCUUGUGUCGGGGAAGUUUGUGGACAACGGCCAGACGAGUCACAAGGUGUCAGUCGUCAAAGAGGACCAGUUGGAAGAUUUCAAAUCCAAGAUGAGCUUGAUAGUCAGUGUCCACGUCUACAGUGUCCAGAAAGCUUUACUGAAAGACAGCGGCCCCCUCUACAGCGUUGAUUAUGAUGCUGUGAAAGACAAUCUGAAGAACUGCACCAAAUACAGUGCCAUCCGCUGUGCCACUGCAGUGCCCAUGUCGUCUCUGGAGCUGCAGCAGGCAAGAGAAAUCCAACGAGCUCCUGUACCAGAGCCCGAAAACAAAAAAUCUGGCAUGAAUGGAGAUGCUCAUCAUGCUUCAAAACCUCCCACCAAGCCACAGAAAGGCAUCAUGGGAAUGUUUGGAAAUAAAGCUGCUCCGAAGAACCAGGACAGUAGCAAAGACGUCAAGUCGGAGCAGACAGAGGAAGCACCUGUGGUCGAAGCCUCCAAAAGCAAACCAGCCGCAAAAGCCAAUCCAAUGAUGAACUUCUUUGGCAGUCAAGCAGCAAAGAAACCAGACAAAACUGUGAAGCAGGAGGAAACAGCUCCAUCAUCUUCCUCAGCACAGCAGCAGUGUCAGAGUUCACCGCCUGAAAGAAAACAAGCUGCUGCUGCAGUGGAGCCACCGAAAGACACCAAGAAAGACUCCAGGAGCAAAACAAAGCGAAUUGAGGAUUCUGACAGUGAGGAUGAGAAAAUGGACAAGAAAAAGAGGCGAAGGAUUAAGAGGCCUGAACCAGACAGCAGUGAUGAAGAUGUCAUUCCAGAUUCUCCGCAGCAGAUGGAAACAAGAGAACCAACACCAAGUCCUAAGAAGGAGGUCGAGUCUGUUUCACAAUCACACCAAGGGAACUCUGAAGUGAAGACGAGGAAGAGGAGACGAGUCCUGAAAUCUCGUACCUUUUUAGACGAUGAAGGAUGCAUAGUGACAGAGAAAGGCUACGAGAGUGAAUCGUACUCUGAAACAGAAGACGACUUUCAGGCCACCAAACAAGCUCCAAAAGAUCCCGUCGCUGCAAAACCACCAGCAAGUACCAAACAGGACGAGAAGAGGAGUCAAAAGAAAGCGUCUGCAAAUACAAAUAAAGGAAGUAAACAAGCUUCAAUUAUGGGAUUUUUCCAAAAGAAAUGAUAGAGAACAGUGUCAGACUCUUUUCUUGGCACUGAGCAACAACAAGCACUGCUGCAGACUUUCUGUAAUGAUCUUUGGGGGAAACUAACAGCUGAAACAUCAAAUCACCUCUGGAAAUACUUCAACUACACAGAUGUGACCAAGUCAGGAUGACAACCAUUUUACUUUUCACCUCACCAUUUCCAGCUGUGAAUACCUGUACUACUCAU